UGGUGGUGCGGGCUCAAACGCAGUCUACCACAGCAGCAGCGCCAGCACGUCGCAAGCGCAGACUAACCCCAACACGAUGGGGCCAUACAUCUCUGCACCCGUGCCGCCCACUGCGCAGCAGGCCCAAUAUAACUUUACUGGGUAUUACGCGGGUGGAAUGUUUUAUCCCACUGCUCCAUACGGCGCUGCUGGGCCUGCUGACAAGGCUCAAACGAAGCAGAUGCUCACAGAGGCCGUGCGGAAGCAGAUUGACUACUACUUCAGUGUUGAUAACCUAUGCAAGGAUAUCUUCCUCCGAUCAAAGAUGGAUGACAAUGGGUGGAUCCCACUCGCGGUGGUCGCAAAUUUCAACCGCGUGCGGAUCCUUACGCUUGACUGGACCCUUAUUGUUGACGCAAUUGCCGACUCGCCUGUUGUGGAGGUUUCCAGCGACAGCACCAUGCUUCGUGCAAGGGGAAAUUGGGAUCGAUGGGUUUUG